GGGCGAAACAUAAUAACCACGAGGCGUCAUAAUAUUUUUGUGUGUUUCUUUUAAGAUAAUGAAGAGUCUGUUCCGCACUUGUCUACUUUUGGUGGUCCUCGGCUUGGGAAAUGCUACAAAGUCCGCGUCUUCAGACCCAAGGCAGCUGACGACAAAACUAGUGAGGGCUGCCCUGCAGUCGGGCCUGGAUGUUCUGUCCAACUUCACGGACGGAAACUUGGAUGAUACGGAACUUCCUCCCAUGUCCAGGAGAAAUAUCAGUGAACAUUGUCGCAAUGAUAUAUCUAAGUACUGGCAAGACCUUCGUAAUGGAAAGACAUACGCUCUAAUCAUGCUGGAUGCCUUUGGCAAACCCCCAAGUGGUAUUCUGAGCGGGAACUACAACUGGCUCGGAAGAUACUCAGAGUGCAACAAAGUAAUCGGAGAACAACACGAUAUCACCUUCAAUGGGAAGUACUACGUCGCUACCCUGACAUCCGCCCAAACGACUCCGGGUAUCACACUGAAGUUCGGCGUGUGUGUUCCAAGCUCGUGUAGUAAAGAUGACGUCAUUCAACAGCUCGAGGGAAGUACAGCUUUGGAAGGUUUUGUGAGGCAAGGAGCUGUACAAGUGACGGCGCGAUCCGUGACUACCCGGCCCGUCAAUGCUGGAACAAUGGCUUCGAUCUCUAUCUGCGCAACACUUGGUACUCUUUUGGUGCUUGGCACAGUGUAUGACUUCAUGAUCGACCGACCCAGGAAAACCACCAUCAGUAGCAAAAAGGGCUUUGAAGAAAAGGAUAAUGGUGAGAACAUCGGGAAUUCAGCUAUGUCAUCUAACAAGCGACAAGGAGUAGCUGCACGCCUGUUGCUGCCUUUCUCCUUGCGGAAAAACGUAGCAAAGCUCCUCAGCACCGAACAGCCGCUCGACAGUAUCCCAUGUCUGCAUGGUAUCCGCGUUAUCAGUAUGAGCCUCAUCAUCUUCGGGCACACCUACAUUAUAGUGAUCUUUGGACCAACCGCGGAUAACCAACUGAAUUUUAAGGAUUUUAUCGAAUCCAUAACCGUUCGAGCCAUCACCGGAGCUUUUUUAGUGAUACCAGUGGACACUUUCUUCUUCCUGAGUGGGCUGCUUAUGGCGUACCUCCUUCUGCAGCAAAUGAACAAGACGUCCGUUAAUUACCUGAUGUUAUAUGUCUACCGUUACUUUAGAUUGACACCUGUAGUAUUGUUUGUAAUGAUGAUAACCGCAUGGAUGGUUCCUCAACUCUUCACGGGCCCGGUGUUCCCAGAGGACUACCAGGCAUAUGUGGGAUGUUCAGCCACAAAUUGGUGGAAAAACCUGCUGUAUAUCAACAACGUUGUUUACGCUGACGACCAGUGCAUUCCGAGGACAUGGUACAUCGCAAACGACAUGCAAUUCUUCAUCAUCGGAGUACCCAUCGUCUACGUCUUGUACAGGCGCUGGUACGUAGGCAUUACCCUGAAGGUCCUGCUGCUCAUUGCAAACUACACUGCUGUAGCUGUUGUGGCGGCAAAAUAUAACAUUAAAGCUGGGUCUACACCUGAUCUAACCAGCAGCUGCUUCACAGAAUACUACAUCAAGCCGUACUGUCGGAUCGCCCCCUACCUCAUCGGCAUGACUGUGGGUUGGCUCCUUAGAAACCCAAUCCGGACUCCUGCUAGAAACAAGAAGUCAUCUCGCACCCUUGUUUCUUAUGAAUGGUGCGCCGUGGUUGUUGUGUGCGCCCUUGCUGUUGUGUACAGACUGUACGGCGUUUACGGUGGGGACGUUCUCUCACGUUCAGAAGAGGUUCUCUGUUUGGCAGCACAGCACACCGUCUGGGCGAUGGUCAUGGGUUGGAUGGUUGUCGCCUGUCACCACGGAUAUGGAGGGGUGCUAAACUCCAUCUUGUCCUGGAAGUUUUGGAUACCGUUGAGUCGUUUGACGUACUGUGUCUACAUGAUACACCCCACACUGAUAGACGUGGUCCAUCUCACCGCAGAGACUCCUGUACACAUCUCUACAUUGAACAUGGUCUAUUUCUUCGUGGGAAACUUGGUGCUGUCAUACGACCUGGCCUUUCUGAUGUACAUAACUGUGGAGAGUCCGACAAUGGAGCUACUGAAGAUAUUCUUCAACAAAUGAGAUAAAAUACCCCUGUCACGUCUUAAUAGCGUUAGGUCGCCUUUAUCCGCGAGGUCACCUAUAUCCGUUGUUUACAUUAUUUAGGGAUGUUAAGUCAGCAGACAGCGGUUUCUGAUUGCAAUAUUUUUAAUAUAUUGAAAAUGAUUUAAAACAUUGAACCUCCGCCGACUUUGUGUACGUAAAUACAUGUACCAUAUGUUUUGGAAAGGACGUAGAUAUUAGGUUACCCCAGGGAUACAGGUGAACUAGCAUUAGACAGAUGAAACAAGCGUCAUGUGACAACAGUUAUUCGCGUAUAAGCAAUGUUUAUUACAAAGUCUUCCUCGAUGGCUAAUUGAAUGAAACAUGAAUGUGAAAUACAGAUAGUGAAGUACCAGUUACAGUUUUGCAGCAAUAACAGUAGAGCAUGUUUGUCAGAAAGAAUUAAAAGUUUAUUGGGUUCGACUUUUUUUGAGACGGUGGAAAGAGAAACUUGAUUAAGCUAUAGUGAUUGUGUACAUUUAUUUUGUAGAUAGUAGCACCGACAGCUAGUAAUUAUGCAAGCUUACCUUACAUUAACUUACAUUCUAGUGGUAUCUGAAUAUAGGACUGCAGUGUAAGUAGCGACACCUAGCUGCAGUAGAAAGUGAACCAGUCAUAUAUUAGACCAGUCAUAUGUAUCAAUGCCUACAUUAUUGCAAUACUAUAUUAAAGAAUUAUGUAUUCCCUUAUUUUUAUGUUCACUAGGCUGUUAAGCUUUAUCCUAUACCUGUAUUCUGUACUUUACUUUUUAUAGCUUUUGCCAUAAAUUGUAUCAUGUACAA